CCGCAAAUGCGAAGUGUUAGUGUUUGUAUCGGCGUCUUUUCCACACAGAAACGCAUAAAAUAUUAAUCCAACCAAGACCAACAAACAUCAACUCACUCCUUUUUCUUUUCUUUUUCCUUUUCCUUUCCUUUCCUUUCCUUUCUCUGACAAAACAAAUUUUGAUUUUUUCUUCUUUCUUUUUUUGUUUAACUGUUUCUCUAUGAAUACUAGACAUCAUGAUAUGACUAUACCGGUAGUAUACCAGCACAAAAAGACACACCCAGUUGUGGCCUAGUCCACUUCACUUCACUGCCUUUUGUGGUGAAGAUGGACCUUCAGCAGACCCGCUUGGUCGGAGACUAUAUCCUGGGUCCCAGGCUUGGCUCCGGCUCUUUCGCCGUGGUUUGGCGGGCCAGGCACCGGUACUCCUCUGUACAAGUUGCUGUCAAAGAGAUUGACAAGAAAUUGCUUAGUCCAAAAGUUAGUGAAAAUUUGCUGAAAGAGAUUUCCAUUCUUAGUACUAUCGAUCACCCCAACAUUAUCCGCCUCUUCGAGUCUAUCGAGACUGAAGAUAGGAUAUUCCUCGUGUUGGAAUACUGCGAUGGAGGUGAUCUUGCAGCGUACAUUCAUCGCCAUGGCAAAGUAUCGGAGGCUGUUGCGAGGCACUUUCUGAGGCAAUUGGCUGCUGGAUUGCAAGAGCUUCAAGAAAAACAUCUUCUUCACAGGGACUUAAAACCACAGAACCUACUUUUGUCAUCAAAUGAAGCAACUCCACAAUUGAAGAUAGGGGAUUUUGGAUUUGCAAGGUCCUUGACACCCCAAGAUUUGGCCGAUACGUUAUGUGGUUCACCAUUAUACAUGGCUCCAGAGAUUAUUCAGAAUCAAAAGUAUGAUGCAAAGGCUGACUUAUGGAGUGUUGGAGCCAUUUUGUUCCAGCUGGUGACUGGGAAGCCACCGUUUGAAGGCAAUAGUCAAUAUCAGCUUUUUCAGAAUAUUUUGACAUCCACUGAGCUCCAGUUUCCACAAGGUGCUUUAGAGGAGUUACAUUCAGAUUGUGUGGAUCUGUGCAGAAGCCUUUUACGCCAAAAUCCAGUUGAGAGACUAACAUUCAAGGAGUUCUUCAAUCACAAGUUCCUAGGGGAGCCAAGGUUAAUAGUGGAUGUCGAGCAAUCUUCUUUGCUGCAAGAAACAAAAUCAGUGGUUGAGCAGUUUGAUUCUUCUUCUUCCGAUAAGAGGUCUCAGUUGUAUUCAAAGCAUCCCAUGUACUUGGCUAACAGAACUGCAAAAUUGACAAGUUCAUCUGUCCAUGACGUUGUAGUUCAUGGAAAAGUUCAUGGCAGUACAUCUGGUAAUAACACUGUACAUGAUAAGACAAGGAAAUCAAUUGAUGGAACCCAAUAUUUAUCAGAUCAACCUGGAGUUGCUGAUUCAGUGGAGUCGAUUGAGAAAGAUUAUGUUCUUGUGAACCACCAUUUUGCUUCAAUGGAGAAUUUCUCUUAUUACUCUGAGACAUCCCUUCAGGAAACCUCAACUGCUAGAGUUUCUAUUUACCCAUUGCAGACAACCCAGAGUACUGCGAGUUCUGUUGGUGCGGCAGAAAAUUCUGUAGUCCAUGGAUCAGAACCAUUAGCUACAUCAUGUUCACCAACUAUAUCAAAUGAAGUACAACGACAAUCUACACUGAAUCCAUCAACUAGGCUCGACUUGUUGCAUCAGUAUGUACAAGCUAUUGCAGAAAUAGCUCAGGAAAAGAUCAAUGCAGGACUAUUUCUGGAAUCGUUUUCAGUUGAACUUCUUGUUUUGGCCAUAUGGAAAAAAGCUGUUCAAAUUUGCUGCUCCUGGCGAGACACAACUGCAGGAAGUGAAUUACCUGAAAGCAGUUCAGCUAAUGAAUCUGCUUCUGUUCAUGGCGAUAUAGGAGUUGAAACAGAUUUUAGUAGGCUUUCAUCUGCUUGCAAGUGGGCAGAGCAAGAAUUUAUUGCUGCAUGUUAUCGUGCAGUUAAGUUAUCACAUCAAAUUCAAGAUAUCGAUGCUAAUGCCAAGAUGCCUGAUGCAAUGGAAAUAAUAUUUCAAAAAGCUCUUGCUCUCGGAACAAGUGGGGCUGUAGACGAGUAUAUGGAGAACAAGGGCAAUGCAGCAAUCUCAUAUUCCAAAGCAGUGCUUCUACUUUCGUUUGUUGCAGAAGAAGCAGAAUCUUUACAACUAAACCCACCAUUUUUAUUAACUCCUGCCGAUAAGAAACGAGUACAAAGCUAUAUAACCAACUUGCAGACCCAUCAAUCUCACUUCUAAUAUAGCAGCCAUUUUUUAUCCUUAGUUCCCUUACCAAAAUGUACAAAUGGUGUACAGGUUCUCCUUUACACAUUCUCUUUCUUCAACUGCCGAUAUCAAUCCCUAGAAAUCAAGCUCAGAUUUGAACUUUGCUUGAUGAAACUGGUUUACUACUGACUAAGAUGUUUACUAUGGCACGUACUGGAUGUAUAGAAUUGUAUAUUAUAUACUCUUGGCAUCCAGGAGUCCAUAAUUGUUUUGAGGUUUUUUCUUUUGCUUGUAUAGAAGCUAUAAAGAACUGUAAAUAUUAAGGGUAACUGUAACUACUACAUUAAAUUUUAUGCUAAUUAUUAAAUAUGCAUAUGAUUCCCA